AUGGCUGUCCAGGCUGGUCCUUCGCAACUUCGCGCAGCCGCUCUCCUAGUGCGAUACAAUGCACUCCUCCGCCUUCGCAAUAUCGCCUAUACCCCACGCCUAUUUGACGGCUUCGACAUCUAUCCACGCCUUGCACUUUUCCUGCUGCCCAUUGCUGGCGCUGGUCAUGGUCACCGCAAAAACGUUGUCCGCGCCACCCCGCCUAUUCCGGCUCAUGAGCGCACGGCUGCUCAGCCGGCACGCCUGGACUUCGCACUUGUACGCACUGCAGAGAUCAACCAGCGCACGGCUGGCACACCGCUUGAAGGUCUUCGUGUUGCGCACGUCCGCGUGAUUUUCGCACUGGCUCACCAUUAUCCUCUACAUACCGACCAGCCUCUCGUUUACGUCGAAUGGUUCACUCCGUUUGGGCGCGUCGACGCGAGCUCCGGUCUCUACGUCGUCAGCCCAUCCUCACGCAUGCAUAGGCCUUACGGUGAGGUUAUUACCAUUGGCCGCAUUGUCCGCAACUGCCACCUACUUCCCAGCUUUGGCAAGGCAGUAGAUUCCCGCUGGACUGUCCAAACCGUCACCGAGGAGUAUAUGGAGACAGGGCUUAGUGCGCAUCGAAUGUGCAUCGGCAAAAGUUGUAGUCUCUGA